GAGUUUUACCGGAUGUGCGAUGAGUUUGGCUGGGAUAAGGAAGACAAAGAGAGAGAACAAGCUUCCCGUGAUUUCAAGGACGCCCUUGUUCAGCAGUUCAACGACAUAUACGGCACGGAUGUGAACGAUCUCACUUCAUGGCGCACUUUGUGUCAGAUCGUCCACGUUUCACCGAUUCCUGAUACUCUUGAAUCAUGCCGCGAGGCGGUCAAAGCCACUCAUGUCAAUAUUGUUGACUUGGUCGAUACAGAAACGACUGGGGAGCCGGUGACAGUAUUUGUUUCGGAGGUGGACCUGAGCAAGUAUACCAUAUCGAUGGGAAAGUUCUUUCCAAGAGACAAUGCAUAUGCUGGUGGUCUCUUAAGGUACCUGCUCCGCCGUAUCAUAAACCCCAGACAAGAACGCCGCUCCCAAACACAGACACAGACACCUCUAGACAAUUUUUUUGCAAAAUAUCCCGAAUUCAAAUACAACUCGUCUGUGUCAGCUUCAUUGGAGUUUUACCGGAUGUGCGACAAGUUUGGCUGGGAUAAGGAAAACGAAGACGAAGACGAAAACAAAAAGAGAAAAAAAGCUUCCCGUGGUUUCAAGAACGCCCUUGUUCAGCAGUUCAACGACAUAUACGGCACGGACGUGAAGAAUCUCGUUUCAUGGCGUACUUUGUGUCAGAUCGUCCACGUUUCACCAAUUCCUGAUACUCUCGAAUCAUGCCGCGAGGCGGUCAAAGCCACUCAUGUCAAUAUUGUUGACUUGGUCGAUACAGAAACGACUGGGGAGCCAGUGACGGUAUUUAGUUCGGAGGUGGACCUGAGCAAGUAUACCAAAUUGAUGGGAAAGUUCUUUCCAAGAGACAAUGCAUAUGCUGGUGGUCUCUUGAGGUACCUGCUCCGCCAUAUCUUAAACCCCAGACAAGAACGUGUGCUUGGGUCUAGCCGGAAGACGCAGAGCAGGCGUAGGUUUCACUAG